GGAGGGGAUUGGAGCACCUGAAUCACAUGAUAUGGAAGGGAUUGGAGCACCUGAAUCACAUGAUUGGGAGGGGAUUGGAACACCUGAAAUCAUAUGAUAUGGAGGGGAUUGGAACACCUGAAUCACAUGAUAUGGAGGGGAUUGGAACACCUGAAUCACAUGAUUGGGAGGGGAUUGGAACACCUGAAUCACAUGAUAUGGAGAGGAUUGGAACACCUGAAUCACAUGAUAUGGAGAGGAUUGGAACACCUGAAUCACAUGAUAUGGAGGGGAUUGGAACACCUGAAUCACAUGAUAUGGAGGGGAUUGGAACACCUGAAUCACAUGAUUGGGAGGGGAUUGGAACACCUGAAUCACAUGAUUGGAAGGGAUUGGAACACCUGAAUCACAAGAUGUGAAGGGGAUUGGAACACCUUAAUCACAUGAUUGGAGGGGAUUGGAACACCUGAAUCACAUGAUUGGAAGGGAUUGGAACACCUGAAUCACAUGAUGUGGAGGGGAUUGGAACACCUGAAUCACAUGAUAGGGAGGGGAGGGGACA